GUUUGCUUGCAAUAGCGUAGUUUUGAUUUGUGUACAGUUGUGUGUUUAUAUUUUUCCAUUACGUUUUUUGAAAUUUCACUCUACUUUUUAUUUUACUUGUACUUUAAAUUUGUGAAAGUAUGGCAUUUGAACACCAGCCUGGAAUGGCUAUUGAAUGUUUAAGCAUUCCGAUUAAACUUACAAAAGAGACGUCAGUUGAUUCAGAAGGGAGAGAAGUUCUUAAAUGUGGCUUUAAGAUUGGUGGUGGAAUAGAUCAGGAUUUUCAUAAAAGUCCUUAUGGGUAUAAGGAUAGUGGUAUAUAUGUUACUGAAGUGUAUGAAAAUAGUCCAGCUGCCAAGUGUGGUUUAAAAGUUCAUGACAAAAUUCUGCAGGUUAAUGGCUAUGAUUUUACAAUGGUUACGCAUAACAAAGCAGUGGAAUACAUUAAGAAAAAUCCUGUAUUAAACAUGUUAGUGGCAAGAAAAGGAGUUACACAUUCUUGAGUGUUUAUCACUAGUUGCUCUAGCUGGCUAGAAGCAUUUUUUUUUUUAAUUUUUUUUGCACUUGCUUUCAUAUUGAUUGCUACAAAUUGUCUUUCAGUAAUUAUGUGUUAUAUAUAUUUUUCAGUCAUAUUAUUCUUAUGUUUUAUCCUUGAAGCUGUAAGAAAUACUAUGUCUUCAAGCUUUUGCUAUAUGUAAUUAUGUACAUAAAAUUUGCUAGAAAAUUUAAUAUAAUAUAAAGUUUUGAAAUGGAUUGUGUAGGAAAUAUAGUGUUUUUAAAUAUUUAUUCAUAGUUUGCUUUAGUUAUAUGAAGUAUUUUGUUCUUGUUUAGUUUUUCUAAGUUCCUAGAUUUUCCUCCGCAUCAAGCAGAAGUAUGUUUCUUGCCAUUAACUUGCAUAUACUUUUUAUGCUAAAUGUAAAUUUGAGUUAAAAGAAAGUUAAAUUUUAAUGUUUUUCAUUUCAUUCAAAAAAUAAUUUUUUCAUUCAUUAUUAUAUGGUUAUUUUAUGUCUGGUCUUCUUAGACAUUAAAGUGUUCUUGCAUUGAAUUGCUGCAAUGUAUAAGUGAUAAGUAAACUAUUGAUAUCAUCUUUUCAUUUAAAAUUGAAAUCAUUGCUCGGUAAACAUCUUCCUCCCCCCCCCUAUUAUUUUUAUGAUACCAAGGAUUCUUAUUGCCAAUUUCGAUGUCACAAUUUAUAUUCUGAUAUGUUACCCCAGUUUCAAUACCUUAGAUUAAAUGUUUUCUUACGUAGAUGGAUUUUUCACUUUAUGAUUUUCUGUUGUUUGAAAAGCCAUUAAAAUAUGGUUCUGCUGGAGGGGGGGGGGGAGAUAUAUAAUGUAAUAACUUUUUAGUCUCUUAUCAUAUGAUUUUAUACUCUUCAAUUGCAUCCUUUUAAAAAUAAUAAUUGCGUUGAAAGUUAAUUUUAAUCUUGCAACUGUAAUAUUCUUGCAUUUUUUCUUGCUUGUGAAAUUUUGAUUAUCAAGAAGCAUCAUUGUAUAUGAAACGUAAACAAUAAUCAACGAAAAUCCAAAGAACAUUUAUCAAUUAUAAAAGUAUGUGGGAGACUAUAUAUUACUUUGUGAUAAUUGACGGUGUUUCACUUUGAUUUGUUUACAUUUUUGUUUUGCACUGAUACUUAUAACAGAUUGCAAGCUAUUAUAUGUUUCAUUUUUGUUACUGUGAGUUUCUAACUAUCCAACUAUGCAAUUUCAUCAUAUAUAGCAAUAAUCAAAGAAAAUCUGUGGAAUGUUUAUAAACUUAGCAAGUGUGCAAGAGACUAUACAAUACCUUGUGAUAAUUUACUUGGCACCUCACUUUUAUUUGUUUGCAUUUGGGACUAAUACUUUUAACAGAUUGCAAACUGUCAUACAUUUCAUUUUUAUUGCUGUGUAUUUCUAAUUGUGUGGCUAUGCAGUUCCAUCAUUCAACAAAUUUAUAAGCAUUUUUACAAUGCCAAUAUCUUUGUAUAUUCAUAAAGCCUUCGAGAAUAAAUGUAUUUCCAAUUGUUAUAGGUCGUUUGUUCCAUAUAAUAAAUUAGAAUGUAAAACUUUUUGCCUGGCAUUCUGUUUCAGUAGUUUGUGAGACUUUAUGACCGGUAAUUUUUUAAAAUAUUGUUGGUAAUGUAAUUUCUUUUUUAUAUUUACCAAGGUUUUACUACAUGUUUGAAACUAAUGAAGCUGCAUGGAAAUAUUAUUAUUAAUUAUAAAACAAAAUUGCUGUAAAGCAGGCUAAACAAACACUUUAGAAAGUGAGAGCUAUAAUUCUUUAGCAGCAUUAUAUGCAGUGAUAUGGCAAUAAGUUUAAUUAAAUCUUUUUAUAGUUUUUAUGCUCGUCUUUGUAUAUAUCAGUGUGUGUGUAUAUAUGUAAUUUUAUGUACUACAUUUGACAUUCAAAUUAAUUGAAUUAAAUCUUUUGUAUUCUAAAUAAUCACAAUUUAAAUAAUUUUGCUAAGAUAUUUAUAUUGUUGAAAUUAACUGUGUCUGUAUAAGCAUGAACUAACUAUAGCCUUGUGACUUAAUCCAUUGUAUAGUUAUAUUUUCGUUUAUUCACGUCAUUAAAUUGUUUGAAACAAGUUUGUAUAAAGUUGAUCAAACGUUCCAAAUUCUCAAUUUUUAAUAUUAUAAUGGAUUAAUGGUGGGUGCUUGUAAGCAUUUAGAAAACAAAUGAAAUAACAAUGGAGAUAAAAGUUUUAAGAUUAUUUAAAGAGAAGCAAUUAUUUUUAUAAAAAGUCAAUAUUGUGAAUUAAAUACAUUCCUUAUUAAAAAUAAAUUAAAACUUUUAACUCACACGCAUAUGUAAUGUAUAUAUGUAAUUUUUAGUAAGAAAAAAUAUGUAAUUCGGAAAUAUUCAAGAUAAAAAAUUAAUUUUCUUAUUUAUUUAUUUUUUUUUUCCUUACUGUUUUGAUAAAAUGUAAUUCGUAAAAAAUUAGUCGAUACAAUGUUAAUAAAAUUGAAAUAACCGCCAAAAACGAUGAAUAUUAAUAAGAUUAAUUUAUUCAUGUUAAUCAACUUUGAUGAAUGCAUUCUAUCACGUAAAGAUACCACAUUAUUUUUAUCACAAUAUUUUAAAUUGUGCUUGAGCAGUAAUGAUAGAGCAUUCUCUGUGGUUAACUGUAUUUAAUGUGGGGAAAUAAACUGGCUAUGCUUCUAUAUUUCGAAAAUUUCGUUCUGUGAACAAAAACGUAUAUACCUUCAUUCCGAUUAAAUCUUCUUGAAUUUAUUUUCUUCCAUUAUUUCGGCUGAGAUAAUUAUUUUGAACUUGAAAGAAUGAUCACCAGCACAGUUGCCAAGAUAUGUUUAAAUAAGGCCUGUUGAAAAAUCGGGUACAUGCUGAGAAAUCUUGUGAUCACACCUGCAGUGUUUUCAAAUUCUGUAAUUAAAUAAUGUAUUUUUUGGAAGUCGCAUAAGAGAAAUAUUUAUGUAUUCACUGGAACAAUUGUAUAAAUUUUACAUGAAUUACAAAAGAACUCUGUAUUUUUUUCAUGUUAUAAAAUGCUUAUAUUUAUUUACUGACUAUCAAAAGAUAUAUUCAUUUCCUCUUAUAUUUAAUACAUUAUAGUAUUUUGAUUAUAUUUCAAUUUUCUGCACUUCGCCUAUCGCUAUUUCCCUGCAUUUUGCAUUUUUACUACAUUUCAAAUGACCAGAACAAAAUUUUAUUGUAUGGCAUGAUUGUGAGAAAACGUUUGCUAUCUGGUUUUACAGUGUUUUUAUAAAGAGUAUAGUGGGCACUUGGGCAUAUUUUCUCAAUUUAUAACUGUAAUACUUUAAAUGAGCAAUAAUUAUCGAAUUCCAUUUUUUAUCAGUAAGUGCUUGAGAGCGAAGUUAAUUUUAUCAUAGAAAAUUAAAUUCUAAUUUACUUUACUAAAACUAAUCCAGAAAUUAUUAUUUAUGUUCUGAACAAGUGAACAUUUUAACAUCAUCCCAAUUUAUGAUUUACGAGUUUCUAUUUUUAAAAUUUGCAUUACUGAUGUUGCAUAUGUUUUUGAAGAGAUUGGAUUACUUUGUCAAGUACAAAGUGCUAAAUCAUAGGAGAAAGUAUAUCUAUGUUAAUGAAUUUUCCUUACAUAAUUCAGAUGAAAUAAAUGCAUUUCAAGUCUGAAUCAGUGAAUAUUUUUGUUGAUUUUUCUGUAUGUGCUCUAACAUUGAUAUAGAUGUACUUAUUUUAUUCAAUGUAAAUGACAAUGCAUGCUCAGACCUCUCUAAUAUUUGGGGAAAUUACUCUUAUCCUUGAAAGAGUCUCAUAUAUAUGCAGUUUGAUUUUAUGUAUAAGGCAGCUAUAAAUGGGAUUUCAUCUGCCAAAUAAUGUGUUCAUAAUACCAGUUGAUGCUUGCUAAGCCAGGUCCCACUCCCUGACAUGUAAUUCUUGGUUUAUUGUUACACCUUUAGAAAUAUGCCUUUGUAAAAAGGUUUUUCUAAAUCGGAGUACUUUUUAAAAUGAAGGUAGGGGAUCUGAAAGCUGUAUGAAAAUGUAGUUAGCUUAUAUGAAGUCAGUAACGUAUGUUUCAUCUGUUAUGUUUGUUGUUUAAAAUAUUUAUUACUACAUUCUUCAAGUAUUCAAAUCAGUACAUAUUUCUUUUUUAAUACAAAUUAUGAGCUGUAUGUGUAAUGCUGAAUAUUGUGCAAUAAAAUGGAUAUUUUCUGUAGAAAAAAAACUAAAGUAAUAUUUAUGUCUGAUUUUUAGCUGCACCAUAUAAUUAUAUUCUUUUCAAUUUUUGCUUGUAAUUGUGUUUUGCAAGGUUAUAUCAUUAUUAAGUUGAUUAUACUGUCGUGAGAUAGCUGUAUAUUUUAUUGCACAAAGUAUUUGUGUAUUUCCAUUUGCAAGAAAGCUUUAUCUAAUUUGAUAAAUAUUUUUUGUUGCUUAAAAUCGUUUUUAAAAUUUGUUUUCUGCUUGUCUCAACAUUCCAAAUAAUAUUUGUAUAAGAAUUUUUUUUUUUUCUGCAAAAGAAUUUGGUGAAAAAGGAUGUAACUUCUUAUGUGAAUUGUAAUUUUUCAUAUAAAAUAACUUUAAGUAUUUCGUUAUACAAACCAAAGUAUUUCUUUUUUUUCACUUUUACAUAACUGAUUUGAUAACUAUGUAGCCUUGUAUUUCAUCUUUCUUUAAAAACAUUUUCUGUUGAAAUGUCUUUUUAUGCAAGUGAUAUUUUUUCUUGUUUUAUCAAAAUGCUUUUUGUGUAUCAAUGUGUGAUGGAACACAUUUGAAACUUUUUGUGUUAGUGCUUGAAA